AUGGAAAAGAACAUCUGCUAUCGGCAACAAAGGAGAAAAGAAGUCGUCUACGACGAUUGCAUACUAGAGGUCUCCUUGCCACAAGGUGACUGGCACAUCGAGGAGGACCCAAAUGUGGACUAUGAGAUGCUGCUCAGAGGAUUGCGAGCCUGUGCUGAGCGUGUCUCGAUGCUGCCUACGACAAACUUGGAUCGAGUUUCGAAGGCCACCAAGGAAUUGUUGGAAAGAAGGACUUUGAGGCUUGAUCCGAAUGCAUCGCACAUUGAGCGGGAUCUCCGUGAAUAUAAUAUUCUGCUAACAGCCAUGCUGAGCGAAGACGAGGCUCGUACGUCUUCUCGUCGUGAGAUGGAAAUCAUUACGGAGAGACCAGUGGAAGACCUCGCGAAUCGUUCUUAUUCAUAUAAAGGUGAGAGAGAGGACCUCCGGAACUACCGUCCGAUAUGCUUGCUGAGCGUGUUAUACAAAGUCUUCACCGAGAUCACCCUCAUGCGCAUAUCCAGGACGCUGGAUGAAGCCCAGCCUCGAGAACAAACUGGAUUCCGUCAGGGGUUCAGCUGCUUGGACCACAUCCAGACCGUGUCGAGGGUCAUAGAGCUUUGCCGGGAAUACCGCCUGCCCCUUGUUCUAACCUUCGUCGACUAUGAGAAAGCCUUCGACAGCGUAGAAACAAAUGCAAUACUAUCAGCGCUGGUCGAUCAAGGUGUGGAUUCGUCGUAUGUGAGGACAUCAGCCAAUUGUCACGAUCGAUGCGCCAUUAAGGAAGAACUGAAUAGAAGAAUGAGAGCAGCAUGGGCAGCAUUCGCACCCGUCAGGGAAGCUACGGACGAACUGACGGACCAAUAUCUUCGUGCCCAUCUGUUCGACUCGACAGUUCUUCCAGCGCUCUGUUACGCAGCUGAGACGUGGGCACCGCUGCCACGUCUAGGAAGCUACUUACUACCCACAGAGCCCUUGAGAGAUGCCUUCUGA